CCCUAUUUUUCCCUCCUCCUCCUCUUCCUCCCUGCUGCGGAGCCGGGCGCCAGCGUGAAGGAUAAAUAAAAAGCGAAGAGAAAGAGGCUGGGGAGGAGGAGGAGAAGGGGGGGGGGAGCAAAGAAGAAGAAAGCGAGCAAGAAAAGAAAGCGAGGAGCCAGGCGGCCAGCCCAGCCGCGCCGCUCCCGGCAGCCAGGGCAGGAGGCGGCGGCAGCGGAGCGGGGGCCGGCGGCCGGCGAUGGAUGACCAGCCGCGGCUGAUGCACACGCACAGCGGGGUGGGGAUGCCGGGGCACCCGGGCCUGUCCCAGCACAUGCAGGAUGGACCAGGCGGGGCGGAGGGGGAGGCAGGCAGGAAGCAGGACAUCGGAGACAUCUUACAGCAGAUCAUGACCAUCACGGACCAGAGUUUGGAUGAAGCGCAGGCCAGGAAACAUGCUUUAAAUUGCCACAGGAUGAAGCCAGCCCUUUUUAAUGUCUUGUGCGAAAUCAAAGAAAAAACAGUGCUGAGUAUCCGGGGAGCACAAGAAGAGGAGCCCACAGACCCCCAGCUGAUGCGGUUAGACAACAUGCUCCUGGCCGAGGGAGUGGCAGGCCCCGAAAAAGGAGGCGGCUCGGCCGCUGCGGCUGCCGCUGCUGCAGCGUCAGGAGGAGCAGGCUCCGACAACUCGGUGGAGCACUCCGACUACAGAGCCAAACUCUCCCAGAUCCGACAGAUCUACCACACGGAGCUGGAGAAGUACGAGCAGGCAUGCAAUGAAUUCACCACCCACGUGAUGAACCUGCUGCGUGAGCAGAGCCGGACCCGACCCAUCUCACCGAAGGAGAUAGAGCGGAUGGUGAGCAUCAUCCACCGCAAGUUCAGCUCCAUCCAGAUGCAGCUGAAGCAGAGCACGUGUGAAGCCGUCAUGAUCUUGCGCUCCCGUUUUCUGGAUGCACGGCGGAAGAGACGAAACUUCAACAAGCAGGCUACGGAAAUCCUGAAUGAGUAUUUCUAUUCCCAUCUCAGCAACCCUUACCCCAGUGAGGAAGCCAAAGAAGAGCUAGCCAAGAAAUGCGGCAUCACAGUCUCACAGGUAUCAAACUGGUUUGGAAAUAAGAGAAUCCGGUACAAGAAGAACAUAGGUAAAUUUCAAGAGGAAGCCAAUAUUUAUGCUGCCAAAACGGCUGUCACGGCUACCAAUGUGUCAGCCCAUGGAAGCCAGGCUAACUCACCCUCAACUCCCAAUUCAGCUGGUUCUUCCAGUUCUUUUAACAUGUCAAACUCUGGAGAUUUGUUCAUGAGCGUGCAGUCUCUCAAUGGGGAUUCUUACCAAGGGGCCCAGGUUGGAGCCAACGUGCAGUCACAGGUGGAUACCCUUCGCCAUGUUAUCAGCCAGACAGGAGGAUACAGUGACGGACUCGCAGCAAGUCAGAUGUAUAGUCCGCAGGGCAUCAGUGCUAAUGGAGGUUGGCAAGACGCUACUACCCCGUCAUCAGUGACCUCCCCCACAGAAGGCCCUGGCAGCGUUCACUCUGAUACCUCCAACUGAUCUCCCAGCAAAUUGCAUCCCUGGCUGAGCCGGCCCCGGCGGGGGCGGGAGGGGAGGGGGCCUCUCCUAACACCGCAGCAGUCAGACUGGAGGUGAACCCAAUCAGCACACAUAAGAAGACUCCUUCUCUUCUCUUCUCUUCGUCGGGAUGCUUUUUUCAGCCAAUCUGGACACUUCUUUAUACUCUCUUCCCUUUCUUUUCUGGGUAGAAGCCGCUCUCCCCAUCCCUGGCCACCACCACAACACCGCUCCCUUCCCCUCCUUGGCCCUUCCCACCACCGAAGGAAGUGUCAACAGAUAAAAGGAUUUUCAGGAGGAAAAGCAAAAAUCCACCACCGCUACUCAAAUGCACCCCAAAGCAGUGCACGGCCUCGUGCUGGGCAUCUUCCUGAGGAACCACAACCGUACCUCAGUCACAUCUUGCUCCUUGAUUAGCAGGCAGCCCCCAGCCCCUGUCUCUUGUGCUACCUCUCCAUAGGGAACCACCAUCGCAGCCCUGCUGCCGCCUGGUCUCUGCUGGCCGUGGCCACUGCCAGCACCAACCUGCACCCAGCCCUGCCUUGGUGAGCUGUGCCCUAGGCGCUGCCAGUGACCACGCAGGUGGAUGCAGCACCCAGUGCACGUAGGAGAAGGAGCCAGCACGUUUCCCUUUGCUUCCAAAAGGUGCUGGCCCAUUCCCAGCCCCAGGGAGACCACUGGCACUUCCUGGUCCCUGCCCUGCUCCACCACCCAUCCCAAAGCUAGAGGAGCCAUGAAACCCCAGAGUCCUCCCUGCCUGCUGUUGGGAGGGGAGGAGAGGAGGGAAGGGACUGAGGCAGAGGUGGACAAGAAGUAGCCAUCACUGAUAAAGGUGCUGAGCCCUUCCACAGUGUCGCACAAGGUCAGGCAUGGAUGACUGAUGGGAUGCCAUCAAUUUUCUCACAGCAAUGGGAAGGGCCAACAGUGGAGUUUUUCCUGGCAAGGGAAGUGCUGUGAGGUGUUGGCUCAUGGUUUUGGGAGCAUGUCAUGCUGUAGAGGAGAUGGGGGUCCCCAGUGCAGGUAGCACCCACAGAGGCUGAUGGCACCCAUGGCAUUCCCAGAGUCCUUCCAUGCAGGCAGCAAGGGACAGGCAGCAGGAUGCCAGAGGAUGGAUGUAGUGGGGUGAGCGCAGCAGCUGCUGUUUGUAACAGUUAAUGCAACAGGUUUGCUUGAAGGUGAUGCCCUCUGGGAUGGGUGAGUGCUCCUCUUGAGCAUGUCUCUCUGCUGAAGCUACUGAUUUUAUCCCUCUGGGAGUAGCUCUGGGCAGUGGCAUGCUAAGCCAUGGGAGGAUUUGAGAGGUUUCUGACCAGCUUUUCUAAUCCACUCUGGACAGCCAUUGAUGGGUGGUAAUCAAGACUUCAUCCUGCAGAAACACCCUUUCAGACGGCUGAUGCUGGGAGGAUAUGGCCUUGAUCGAAGAGCAGGGUGAGAAGGCAUCAGUUUGCCUGGACAAGAGGCAGAACUCUGUGCCAAGCAGUACUUAUGGCUGCCAGUCCCUCCAGUGGGCACAAGGAGGCUGAGCCAGCCUGCAGCAGGACUCUGGGUGCUGUGGGGACCAGUGGUUGCAGCAUGUUGGGCACUUUGCGAUGGAUCCAAACGCCUCUUGGCCACAUCUCAUGCUCUUGCAUGUCUAUGCCCACCCUGCCUGUACUAGUGCCAGCCAUCUUGAGAUGGAAACUGCCAGCACAGAGCAACAUUAAGCAGGAACCGUUUCAAAUGAAAGUGCUCCCAGAAAAGUUUCCAUCCUUCUGCUGGAAAAAAUAAAUGGUGAUCAGUCUGUAGGCCACAGUGGUGGUGUGUCCACAGCUCUGACAUGCUUUCAGCUUGCAGCUCAGGGCCAGCAGCAGCACUCACCUGAGGUGGAGAUGAAGCCUGCUUUGCCUUGGGCAAAGGCACAGAAGGCUCUUAAAUGCCCACUCUGAAAUUUGUGACCUUCCUCCAAAUAUGACAGAUCCUAAUCCAGUGAGUUUUCUGUUUCUGAGCUGGUGGGAUCAGAGUAGGACAUGAAAGGUGGAUGAGAAGCAGCACAAGCUGCAACCUGCUUGCUGCUCUUACGUCUCCAGUGGUGGGAUGCUUCUGGCUGCUUUCGCAUCUGUGCCCAGGGAUGGGGCCGUGUCACAGAGCAUGAUGUGACAUGGGAGAUGGAGGGCUGCCUCCCAGCUGGAAAUGUAUUAGGGGCAAUGUGAAGGUCGCUUCCCUUUGAUGACAGUUCGGAGGUGCUGCCCGUCUUCCCCAGCCGUGCACCUUCCUGCUCUCCUCCCCAGUGCAGCCUUUUAACCAUUUGCAGCUUCUUGUAGGUGAAGCUGUCCCAGCAACUCAUUUCAGGGACAUGGAACUGGACCAGCUCUGUCCUCUGGAGUAGCAACAGUGCUGUGCCUGUGGGAAUGCCACGGUACCUCUUGGAAACCAACCAGGGAUGAGCCAGAACCACCCACUUCCCACCGCCGUGCCAGGGCUGCUGACCCUUGCCCUGCACCCUGAUGCAUCCUGCCUGCACCCCCUGUCCAGGCACCUCACCUGCUCCCCCAUGGUACUUUGCAGGUUUGGUCCCUCCAGUUUGCCUUGGCUCAGCCACUCGCUUGCCUCUUUCUUUUCUUUUUUAUGUUUGGAUUUUGUUUCUCCUCCGCUUCCCUCCCUCUCCCAACCCCUGAGUGUUGUGGCUUUGUUUUCUUCCUCUCUUUUUUUUUUUAAUGAUUAAUUUUUUUCUGCCCAGAAAAACCUGACUUCGAUACCAAAAAAAAAAACCAACAAAAAAAAAAACUAAACAAAAAAAAACCCCACACAAAAAAGCCCUAAACAAAAAACCCUCAAAGAAAAAAAACCCACAAAAAACCCCUGCAGAAAGUAAAAAAAAUAAAAACACACAAAAAAAGAAAAACCACAAAAAACUCAAUGAUUCUUUCAGCUUUAUUAACAUUUUCCAUUGUUUCUUGCGAUUUGUGUCUCGUUCUUUGUAGUAUUGAUGAUAACGAACAUUUGAUAAUGAAUGUUCUUGUAUAUUCAGAUAAAGGAGGAAAAAACCAAACAAAACCAAAAACUCAGUCGGAAUUUAAUAGUGUUUAUAAUAAAAGAAUAAAAACAAAAA